AUCUUUGUGGGAGAGGGAGAGGGAGAGGGAGAGGGAGGGAGAGAGAGAAGGGCAUUGUGGAGUGUGCACAGACAACUGAAGAGGGAUAGUCCCAGAUUAGAAUUACAGAAAUGGCGUCGUCGAGGUUGUUGUGGGCGUCAAGAGCAGCCUCGUACCUCAGGAUCUCGGUGUUCCACAGAGGAUUUUCCACAGUUCUCAAGGAUCUCAAGUACGCUGAUUCUCAUGAGUGGGUGAAAAUUGAAGGCGCUUCUGCAACUGUUGGCAUAACCGAUCAUGCGCAAGACCAUUUGGGAGAUGUUGUGUACAUUGAAUUGCCGGAAGUAGGGGCUGCGGUUGCACAAGGCAGCAGCUUUGGCGCGGUUGAGAGCGUCAAGGCCACCAGCGAUAUAUACUCCCCCAUUUCAGGGAAAGUCGUUGAAGUCAAUGAAGAGCUCAACAAAUCUCCCGGUCUAGUUAACUCGAGCCCAUAUGAGGACGGGUGGAUUAUAAAGCUCGAGGCGAAAGACGCGAACGAAGUGAACAACCUGAUGGGGGCCGAUGACUACUCAAAGUUCUGCGAAGAAGAAGAUGCAAAGCAUUAAGCCUCUGCCCUUGCAGAAACUGAAGUUGUGUUUAGGGGGAGGCAUGGCACUCUUCUUGGACAACCGGGCACCCCUUUUUUCAGACAUCACCAAGCUGGGCCAUACUUUACCGUUGUGGUUUCUUCCAACUGUGACUUUGUAGAGCAUUGUGUAGAAUUUCAUGUAAUAAUUCUUGGAAAUCCUUCGUUUCCAUCACAAUGGUGUCAUCUUACAGAUUCAAUUUUUCCAAUCUAAAUCUUUAAGGAAUGCAAUCUUCUCUAUUUGUGAAUGUUGGGCAUAUAAAACUCGCGUCUCUCGU